UUAGAAGGCGAAAAGAUUGAGGAUGUCAGAAAAUUAAAAAUACAGUCUGUGUUUUACACGUUUAAGCUUGAGUUACUGCGCAUGACCAACAUUCGUUCUUUUUUACUCUGCCAUCUUUGCAUGUGGUGUUCAGACCAGGGGCACUAACAGGAGGGCAAGAUGACGAAUCCUCAUGGAAAACGUAGAGGCACCAGAUAUUUAUUCUCAAAGAAAUUCAGAAAGACAGGAGUUGAACACUUGUCAACUUAUAUGAGAGUAUAUCGUGUGGGAGAUAUUGUUGAUGUCAAGGGAAACGGUGCUGUCCAAAAGGGUAUGCCAUACAAAUACUACCAUGGAAAGACUGGACGUGUGUUUAAUGUUACCAGAAGAGCUGUGGGUGUUAUUGUCAACAAAAAAUUAGGAAACAGGAUCAUUCCUAAGAAGUUAAAUCUCCGAGUUGAACAUAUUAAACAUUCUAAAUGUAGAGAUGAUUUCUUGAGACGUGUCAAGGAAAAUGAAAUAAAAAAGACUGCAGCUAAAGCUACAGGGGAGAAAGUAAAUUGCAAGAGACAGUCUGUUCAACCACGAACUGCUCACUUUGUUUCGACUAAGAAGAACGAACCGUCAAUUGUCGAGCCUAUUCCAUACGAGUUUAUCAUCUAAUAAGAAAAUAAAUACAAUAA